AUGUUCUGGGCUGCAAGCUUGUCAAAAGAUGAGCCCCUGACUAUAAAGCCGUUCAGCAGCCAGGGCGAAUUUCUACAUAUAUCUCAAAUUAUUUUACAUCCUAUGAUGUCACCAACCACAACAGUGCUUUUUGUCAAAGUUGAUGGAAAUAAAAUUCCAAUAGGAUACUUAAGUAACGAGAACAGCAUGAUUAAAACAAAUUUAUCGUUCCACACAUCGACCCGACCUGAAUUUACAGCUGAAGGCUCAUACCAAAUCACGCUUCUUGGGUAUUAUGAAUUGAAAGAGGAUUAUAAGGAGCUAGAUUCUAAUGAAGAAAAUGAGGAAGAGGAUUUAUCUGAAGAAGAAAGUGAGAGUGAAGAAGAAAAAAUAGAGCACCAGGCAAGUGAAGAGGAGAGUGAGGAAGAAGAAUUAGAAAAUAAAGAAGAGAGCCCUGAAUCUUCAAGCAACGAAGAAGAGGAUACUAAAGAAGAUAUAUAUUUUUUUAGAAAAAUCAAUAGUUUUAUUUUGAUAUUAUCGACAAUCUAUAUCUUUUAUUGCAUUUUAAUUAGGGCAUAGGCUUUUUAGCAUAAAAAAUGGCUCUUGGCGAAUUAUAUUAUAAUAUCAUACCAUCAAAACGUCCUGAGCCUUUUCAGCCAAUUUUGCCGGGAAAAUCCCAAAAAAAACAAGAUUCUCAAGAAAAAGAUAUUAAAGGAGGGGACAGUGACAGCUUUGACUUAGAAGGUCCGCAGCAAGAAAUCAGUGAUUUGAUUUGAUUAGAUUAGGAUGGGUAUUUAUAGUCCCCUUCCUGAAGUGACGUACGUUCAGAGGCGAACACCUGUGGAGUGGGCUCCCUCAAGACAGCCUGAGCCAGGCCGAUACCCCCAAUUUCUCAGUAAGUCAGAUUUUGCGGAACCUCCAUUUCCACCCAAGUCCCAAAAUUAUUCAACCCUACAUAGCUUAGGCCAGAUGUUCAAUUGAGAGACCUUUUGGGACUGGAGAGACUAACCCUGAGAUCUUAGUCGAGCCUUUCUUCCCCUUUUACUUCGGAUUAUAGGGAAAAAUUCAAUGCACUUGCGCAGGUCCCAGGCAGGCCACAAAAGCAGCUUAUGAAGGUAAUCGCCCUACCUCUAUAUGACACCUUCUGAGCGCUGCUGGCAAAAAAAUGCAAAAAGCCAAGCCAGUAAUCAGCGGGAGCAGUGCUGGGCCUCCUGCUUCGAGGCUAGCCCAACCCUUGGGCAGCUCUUUGCACCAAACCAGUCCGGGUAUGCAUAAUGGAAACCGCCACGUGGAGGACGAGUCACACAUCACCGGUCAUUUUAUGUAUAUCAAGAAAUCAGUGAAAAUAGCAGCGAAGGAGAAGGCGAAUUAUUCAAAAAUACAUGGGAAGUCCACGAUGACUACGAUAGAAGAGAUUUUAGAGGUGGCAGAUUUAGAGGUGGCAGAGGAGAUAGCAGAGGAAGAGGAUUUAGAGGAGACAGAGGAAGUUUUGGAAGGAAAAGAGACUUUAGAGGUGGCCAAAGAGACUUUAGAGGUGGCCAAAGAGAUUUUAGAGGCGGCCAAAGAGACUUCAGAGGUGGCCAAAGAGAUUUUAGAGGCGGCCAAAGAGAUUUUAGAGGCGGCCAAUCCAGAGGAGGAUUCAGAGGCUCAAACAGAGGAAAUUUUGAUAAGCAAGAAAACAAGCACCGCUUUUUCUAG